AUGGCCAUGGCCAUAGACGUGCAACGAGCCGAGCAGUCCACAUCCACGGUUGCAGCCACCAGCAGUCCCAUAAAGAGCAUCAUCGCCACCAGCAACGGCGGCCUCGUCAGCUCGCACCAGGACGGCAAGAUCAGAGUGUGGCAUUGCGGCCGGAGGGACGGGAGCAGCCGCAGCGACCACCUCGCCCUGCGCCUGCGCGCCGUCCUGCCGACCGCCGCGGACUGCCUGCGCACGUUCCUGUUCCCGAGCAACUACGUGGAGGUCCGGCGGCGGCACCGGAGGCGGCGCACCUGGGUGCACCACAUCGACGCGGUCAACGCGCUCGUGCUGUCCCCGGACGGCGCGGAGAUGUACUCCGUGUCGUGGGACCAGAGCCUCAAGGCGUGGCGGCUGAUGCGGAGCCUCCGCUGCGUCGAGUCCGUCGCGUCCGCACACGAUGACGCCAUCAACGCCGUGGCCGUGUCGGGUGACGGGCACGUGUACACCGGCUCGGCCGACAGGACGAUCAGGGCGUGGAGGCGCCGCCAGCCGGGGCGCGGGGGGAAGCUCGCGCUGGUCGCCACCAUGGAGCGCCACAAGGCGGCGGUGAACGCGCUGGCGCUGGGCGCCGACGGACAGGUGCUCUACUCCGGCACGUGCGACAAGACGGUCAUCGUGUGGGAGCGUGCGGGAGAGAGCGUGGCCGCCGCCGACGCUCAGGGGCCACACGGGUGCCGUACACUGCCUGGCCGCCGCCGGGAAAGUGGUGUGAAGUGGCUCGGCGGACAGGACGGUGAGGGUGUGGAGGAGAGGGGCGACAGCGGCGGCGCAGGCGGCGAGCUACACCUGUCUCGCCGUGCUGGAAGGACAUGCUGGAGCAGUGAAGAGCUUGGCGUUGGUGAAUAA